AUGCCCCUAAAACAGUCCAAGCCCUGGGUAUGCAGUUCAGAGGCAUUUGCAGACCCUGAUGCCAAACAGGCCACUGCAUGCAAGUUAGCUGCCCUUGUUCAGAUGGCCUCAACAGCCAAAUAUGUCACUGAGUUCUGCAAUCUCAUUGCAGAGCUAGAUUGGAAUGAAGAGGCCUAUAUUGCCCAGCUCACCAGGGGCCUUCAUUGGAAGGUCAAGGAACUCCUGUCCACCAAGGACAAUAUCCCCAACAAUCUGGAAGCCAUCUUUGCAGCUUCCAUCAAAAUUGACAACACGUGUUGCAAGAAUGAGGAGAACUGCCCCAAAAAGGCCAAGCCCCUGGUCACCACAACCACGUCCACUUCCACCACCACACACAGGGUCUGCCUAUCAGAAGACCCUAAUUAUGUCACUCUGGAAGAAAGGGAUUGCCACUGCACAUCAGGGGCUUGUGUCAAAUGUGGUCAGAAGGGCCACAGGAUAAAACAAUGCCCUAAUGGCUGGAAAGCCAUGAUCAUGGAAUCCAACAAGGUGGCCAAAGAAGUGGCAUUGGGAAAAGACUAA